CCAUACAGCACUCACCAUUUCAAUGUGGGCGAGCGUGGCAUAUUUAGCCAACUGACCCUUUUAAUCUUCUCCAUUUCCACCCCCUCAUCUUCUUAUACUCGCCCCCAUUCCCUCUCCUUGUUACCUCCAACCGAUGUGGGACUAUCAGGGAAAAAAAAAACAUCACUCCGUACUUCAUUUUUCUGAUACUUAACUCUCAGAUUUUUAACCACUGUAUAUAUACAACUCUCGGUAACGAAAGUCCAGAUUGGUGAAGACAGACAGUAGAGUAAUUUAUUUGUUUACUAACUUCAAUUCUCUCCCAAUGGAUUACUCAAAAUCAGUAAUUCCGGCACACCUACUCGGUGACCAAAGCGCUAAUCUUGUCAUCAUCAAUCCAGGUUCUGCAAAUGUAAGAAUUGGACUAGCUCAACAAGAUGCCCCCUUUAAUAUACCUCAUUGUAUUGCUCGGCGUACUGCCGGAGCUAAUCAACCUCCCAGAAAGAAUGUCCAAGAUCAGAUGCUUAAUUCUCAAGUUACAACAGCACAACAUGUUGAGAGGGAGAAAGCUUAUGACGUUAUUGCAUCCUUAUUGAAGAUACCGUUUAUUGAUGAUGAGGUCGCAAAUAACUCUCACCAACGAAAGAUGGGUCGUGUUGAUGUAUCAUCUCAACAAAACAGUAAGGAUGAGAGUGUGUUUCCAUGGACUGAUGUCUUCCAGAAAAGUUCAAGUCCGUCCUUGGCAGUAGAAAGUUCAUCACAUAUGCAUGAAACAAGCGAGUCCCCUAACCCGCAGGAAGGUAGUAGUGGGGAGAAGCCAGUUAAAAUUGUAUCCGAGUACAAAGAGUACAUAUGUGGUGAAGAAGCUAUGCGGAUUUCUCCCACCGAACCAUAUUGCUUAAGACGUCCUAUACGCAGAGGCCAUCUUAAUAUUUCUCAACAUUAUUCCAUGCAACAGGUACUUGAAGAUCUACAUGCUAUUUGGGACUGGAUAUUGAUUGAGAAACUACAUAUCCCUCGUAGUAAGAGAAACACGUAUUCUGCUCUUAUCGUUGUGCCUGAAACAUUUGAUAAUCGAGAAAUAAAGGAAUUGUUAUCUAUCGUAUUACGGGACUUGCGGUUCAGCUCAGCUGUAGUCCACCAGGAAGGUCUUGCUGCGGUUUUUGGAAAUGGAUUAUCAACUGCAUGUAUUGUGAAUAUUGGUGCUCAAGUCACUUCAAUUAUUUGCGUCGAGGAUGGAGUUGCUCUUCCUCACACACAGAUGAGCUUACGUUUUGGCGGGGAGGAUGUGUCAAGAUGCCUUCUUUGGACUCAAAGACAUCAUCAAACAUGGCCACCUAUUCGCACAGAUGCUCUCGCAAAGCCCAUAGAUUUGUUGAUGCUUAACAGACUCAAAGAAUCUUAUUGCCAGAUUUAUGAGGGGGAGGUUGAAGCUGUUGGGGUGGUUCAUUCAUAUGAAGAUGGCAUGCCAUCUGGAUCUCACAAGACACGGCUAACUGCUCUUAAUGUGGCGCCAAUGGGUCUGUUCUAUCCCACGCUUUUGGUUCCAGAUGUAUAUCCUCCUCCACCUCGUACUUGGUUUAAAGAUUACGAGGAUAUGCUAGAAGAUACUUGGCAUGUCGACUUUCCCAGGAGACCUGAUGUAUCAGAGGGCUUAUAUCCGGGCAUCAGCAAUCCUUUACAGAUGUGGGAUAACUAUCCUUAUAUGUCAAUUCAAGUGAAGAAAGAAGAUAAUAUUGGACUUGCAGAAGCCAUUUCAAAGAGUAUUCUUGCAACAGGACGUAUAGAUCUGCAGAGAAAGCUGUUUUGUAGCAUGCAACUGAUUGGUGGAGUUGCUUUGACACCCGGUCUUAUAUCUGCUGUCGAGGAGAGAGUUUUACAUGCAAUCCCCUCAAAUGAAGCAAUCGAUACUGUUGAGGUACUGCAAUCAAGAACCAAUCCACCAUUUGUGGCAUGGCGAGGUGGAGCCUUACUGGGGGUAAUUGAUUAUGGCCAAGAGGCUUGGAUACAUCGAGAAGACUGGAUUCGAAAUGGUAUUCAUAUUGCGUCAGGCAGAAAAUACAAGGAUUCUUAUUAUCUCCAAGCACAACCAAUGUGUUACAUAAAUUCCUAGAACUUAGAUCUUUAAUCUUACGUUAAUCUCCAUUCUAUCUUGAAAAAUGAUAAAUGUGAUUAAAUUAGUAGGCCAACAAAUAUUUACAAAAUCUAAUGCUAACACAUGGCGGAUCGAAAAAAGAAUGAGUGGAAUCAAUGUGUUGGCAUCAGAUUCUUAACCAUGUUUUUGAGAAUAUAAAUUUACUUGCAUAUAUCAUUACUCUUUUAUAUUA